AUGGAGGGCAUGGUCGAAGCGGUGGCGGCGGCGUUUGUGCCGUAUCCCAAGAUUCCCACCGCGUUUAGCGGAUCGGCCGACGAUGCGCGCCGGGUGCGGACGAUCGAGUGGGUGGCGACGGAGAAGAUACAUGGCGCCAACCUGACGCUGAUGUGCGACGGCCAAGUUGUGGUACCAGCCAAGCGGCGCGGGGUGCUGGCCGACGACGAGGACUUCUUCGGCCUGCGGUCGAGCGGCCUGCUUGCCUCCCUGGCUCGGCCGGCCAUCGAGCUUGCUCAGGCACUGGGCGCGGGUAGCGGGACGUCAAUUGCAGUCUCGGGCGAGCUGUUUGGUGCUGAUGUCCAGCCCGGCAUCGACUACGGGCCACAACUGCAGUUUGCGGUGUUUGACGUGGCGCUGCUCGCCGCUGAUGGCGACCGCCGCUUCCUGGCACACGACGAGAUGACAGCGGUUGCGACCGCCGCUGGCUUUACCGUUGUGCACGAGGUGGCGCGUGGGAGCUACACCAAGUUGCUCGACACCCCGAUUGGCUUUGACUCGCACUGGCCGGCGCUGCUCGGGCUGGAGCCGCUGCCGCCGGCAGGUGCCAACACCGCCGAGGGUAUUGUGCUCCGCCCGGCAACGACCGACGACCGGUUCCUGGUCAAGAUCAAGGAUCCGUCGUUUGCCGAUGUCGAAGCCUCGGGUCGGGCACACAAGUCGAUGAUGGUGGCGGCCGACGGUAGCAGCAGCGCUGCGGCUGACGCGCAGAACAUCUUCUACGAGCUGCAGCUGUACCUCACGCCGGCCCGGGCCCAAUCCGCGCGCGACUGGUGA